CGGGAAUCACAUGACCGCGGCGUCCCAUGACCCGGCAGUUGGUGUAGAUGUAGUUAGUAUAGUAAGUGAUGGAAGGGAUGUGGAUCCUUCCCGUGCUGUGUCUGAUACAGACCGCUGGCAGCUAUGAGUCCCGGCUCUAUCAUUCCCCGGAGAAGAGGGAGCAUUUGCCGCCGCUCGGUGCUCCGGAUCCCUCCCCGUACGGCUCCCUGUGGCCGCUUCCCCAGGAGGUGCAAAUCUCCCCCGACUUCAUGUUCAUCCCCCCGGCUGACUUCUCCAUAGUCCACGGAGAGCGAUCCACCGCGGGGCCGGAGUGCCUGGUGCUGCAGGAUGCCUUCCGGAGAUACUUCAAUUACAUAUUUGGUUUCCUGCGAUUGGAAGAUGUACCUGCAGGUAAACCAAGGGCAGGACGAUUGGUACAACUUCAGGUCAUCAUCACCUCAGAGGACAACGAAUGUCACAAGUAUCCCAAUGUCCGUUCAGAUGAGUCAUAUAAGCUGUCAGUUAAUGAAGAUGGAGCUGUUCUUCAAGCAAGUCAAGUCUGGGGUGCUGUGAGGGGUCUUGAGACAUUCAGCCAGUUGGUUUAUAAAGACAGCACUGGAGCAUUCGUAAUAAACAAAACUCAGAUUACUGACUUUCCAAGGUUUGCCCACAGAGGAAUACUACUGGACACCUCCAGACAUUAUCUGCCUCUAAAGGUUAUCCUAAAAAAUUUGGAAGCUAUGGCAUUUAACAAAAUGAAUGUGUUUCACUGGCAUAUAGUUGAUGAUCAGUCGUUCCCUUACCAAAGUGAAGCAUUCCCUGAAUUGAGUAACAAGGGAGCUUAUCAGGCAUCCACACACAUUUAUAAUUUCAUUGACAUACGCAUAGUGAUCGAGUUUGCUAGACUAAGAGGAAUUCGGGUUAUACCAGAGUUUGAUACUCCAGGGCACACUUACUCAUGGGGUAAAGGCCAAAAAGAUCUUUUGACUCCCUGUUACAAAGAUGGAGAGCCAAGUGGAGGUUUUGGACCCGUGAACCCGAUUGUUAAUGGCACUUAUACGUUUAUUUAUAAAUUAUUUGAAGAAGUUGGCAAAUUGUUUCCUGACAAAUAUAUCCAUUUAGGAGGGGAUGAGGUGGACUUUUCUUGUUGGAAAUCCAAUCCUGAUAUUACAAAGUUUAUGGCGGAGCAUGGCUUUGGUACAGACUACUGCAAACUGGAAUCAUACUAUGUUCAACAAAUUCUCGGUAUAAUGUCCAAAUUGGGGAAGGGUUACAUGGUUUGGCAGGAAAUAUUUGAUAACCAUGACCAGAUUGAUCCAGACACGAUCGUGGAAGUAUGGAAGGGUAAUAAAUAUUCCGAAGAACUGUACAAAGUGACAGCUGCAGGGUUUUCUGCCAUCCUCUCGGCUCCCUGGUACCUAGAUUACAUUAGUGUUGGCCAGGACUGGAGGAACUACUACCAAGUUGAACCACUAAACUUUAAUGGGACCGAACAGCAGAAGAAGCUUGUGAUUGGCGGGGAAGCUUGUUUAUGGGGUGAAUUUGUGGACGCUACAAACCUCACACCACGACUGUGGCCUAGAGCAAGUGCGGUUGCAGAAAGACUUUGGAGCAGUGUAAAAGUGACCUCCGUGCAGGAUGCUUAUAACAGGCUGGUUGUACACAGAUGUCGUAUGGUCGGGCGUGGAAUAUCAGCAGAGCCGCUCUAUGUUGGGUUCUGUGAAAAUGAAAUGGACUACUAGAACAUUUUUACCAGCGUGAUCAUGGCUGAAGAAUCAGGACAGCUGGGCCACAAUGCACUAUACGGGUCAAAGUGAUUUUUUUUUUUUUAUCCUGGAAAGAUUGAAAACUGAUUUAGGACUACUUUUUUUUUUUUAAUAUUAAGUCGAUUGUUUGAUUUACAUUUUAUUGAAAUAAUAAAAUCUUUACAAUAGCCUGUGUUUUUUUU